AUGGCCACCGCGUCGCUGGCGCGCCGCAGCUGCUGCAAGGGGGUCCCGCUGGCAAAGGUGCGCGCGAGCCAAGCCCACCGCGCGGGCGGCCUUCCAAACGCCUCCGGGCCAAACGGGCGCGCGGCGCUUCGGCUCUCCGCGGGGGAGCGCGCGCGCGCGGACGCCGAAGGGUGAACCGCCGCCGAGGAAGAGAAGAGCGCGGCGCUCCACGAGGAGGCAUGCGCAGCUGGACAGAAAAAUUACGUGGAUCCAGUUACUGGCUACCUAGUAUUGACCAAAGUUGCCCAUUUGGAAAGGGGAAACUGCUGUGGUUCUUCCUGCAGACAUUGUCCAUAUGGUCAAACAAAUGUUAAAGAUCCGUCCAAAAAGAAGCGGUUCAAUUCCUUUUUUUAUGCUUGACAAUCAAAGGCUUUUGCAUCAUACCAUGAAGAAAGAAACGAUCAGCCGUCACCCUCACUCUUCCCUCCCCUUUUUCUGCCCCCUAUUGCUUCCCCAUUUUGCAUAUUGGCGUUCCUUUGACCUCUGCUGUUCCGUAUCCUGAAUAUUUUCCGAUAGUAAUGGAAAAAAAUCCAUGUGUGUGCCAGUGAUGCUGAGCCAUUGACAAGGCUUUGCCUUUCUCUGCCAUUGCAAGCUGUAAAGAGAUGGGUGCUUUGCUUUCCAAAUUCAUUAG